AUGAAAGAUUCAAAAUCUGUUGGAAAAAAUCGUGAAGAAGGGUUAUCUACCUCACCACGCAUUACUUGUCAGGAUCUUUCAUCUACUUCUGACAAAUCAUUGAAAGAAAAGAUUUUGAAACGGAAAAAGGUGAACAAAGCCUUAGAAAUUUUUAGGGACUUGUCUCACAAGCUCUAUUGUGAGUAUAAGUCAAGUGAAGUUAAAAACUUGAAAGCAAAAACAAAAGCUUUGGUAGAAGCUGCAAUGUCUAUGAAAGAGAAGAAUCAAUGGGAAAACACUGGAAAGAGACUAGGGCAUGUAGAUGGAAUUGAAGUUGGUGACCACUUUCAAUACAGGGCUAAACUUAUAAUCAUUGGUCUUCAUCAACAAUUCUGCCGUGGUAUUGAUUUUUUGGAUAAAGGUGAGUUUUCUUUGGCAACUAGUAUCGUUGUGACUCAGAAGUAUGCUAAUGUUAUGAAGUCUAGUGGUUGUUUGGUUUAUGAAGGUCAAGGUAGUAACCCUAAGGUACGAACAACGUCCGUGCCUUGUGAUCAGAAAUUAGAAGGGGGAAAUCUUGCUUUGGUGAAUAGUAUCAAAGCUAGGAGUCCUGUUAGGGUUAUAUUGAAGGUUUGUGGGAAAUUUAAUGGGAUGGAAGAAUGGAAGAACAAUGUUUCUGAUUGUUCAUAUGUAUAUGAUGGGCUGUAUUCAGUUGAUGGGAUGACUCAAGGUAGGGGAAAUUAUGGAAAACUUGUAUUCAAGUUUGUACUUAACAAAAUUUUGGAUCAAUCCGCAAGUGUUUCCUCUCGAGAUGUUAAGAACCAACCUGCUAGUGUUUCCUCUCGCGAUGUUGUUAAGGAAACAGAAACUUCCUUGAAGAGACAGAAGUCUAAAGGUCAUGUUUUCGGCAAGGAUGUUAUUAGAAUCAAUGAUAUUUCGGAGGGGAAAGAAAAAUUUCCAAUUCGAGUGGUGACGCCAAUAAGUUGUGUGGAGAAACCUAAACCCUUUGGCUACCUAGUCAAAAUGAUUUAUCCAAAGAUGAAUCAUUCAACACUACUAGGUGGUAAAUGUAAUUGUGAAAAUGCAUGUGUUGAUUCUCUUGGAUGUGUUUGCAUAGCUAAGAAUGAUGGUGUGACAGCAGCAUAUGGUGGUAACAAAAGACUGGUUUCCCCUAUGAAAUUAUCCUUUAUAUACGAGUGUGGACCUUCUUGCACGUGUUCAUCGUCUUGCAUCAACCGAGUGAGUCAAUGUGGUAUUCAGUUCCAACUAGAAAUCUUCAAAACAAAUUCAAAGGGGUGGGGUGUUAGAACGCGAUCUUUCAUUCCAUCUGGAAGCUUUGUGUGUGAGCUCAUUGGAGAACUUGUUGAUCAAAAUAAUGGAAAAGUUGUAUCAAAUCUACAUGUUGAUGACUACAUUUAUAAUAUAGGUGGUGGUAGGUUGAUUGAUGCAAGUAGGCAUGGAAACAUUGGAAGGUUUAUUAAUCAUAGUUGUUGUCCAAACCUAUGUAUGAGAGAUGUUAUGUACGAUCACAACGAUAAGAGUGUAGCACACAAAGUGUUGUAUGCCUUAAAGGACAUAGCUGCAGGUAGAGAGGUUAGUUAUGAUUACAACAAUUGGUGCAAGGGGAAUAUGAAGAAGGUUUUGAGUAAUAUUUGCUACUGUGGUUUAUCGGAAUGCAAUAGAUAUAUUUACAAAUGA